AUCAAUGACGUGGUGAUGAAGAAACUAGUGAUUUUUGGCCUGCUCCUGGCCGGCGCUUUGUUGUGCAUUUCUGGACAAGAUGAGGAGGAUUACCUGGAGCCACCAACAGUGCUGAUUGCCCUGCUGGUGCGCAACAAGGCGCACACACUGCCCAUGUUCCUGAGUUACCUGGAGCGGCAGGAUUAUCCCAAGAAAAGGAUUGCCUUUUGGCUGCGCUGCGAUCAUAGCAACGAUGACAGCAUAGAUCUGCUGCGACAGUGGCUGGAGCACUCGGGGGAGCUCUAUCACAGCGUGAGCUACGUUUUUGAACCCGAGGAGCAGAGUUAUGCCAACGAAAGUUCCCCCUACGAGUGGCCCGCAUCGCGUUUCAAGCACUUGAUCGCUUUGAAAGAGGAAGCCCUUCAGUAUGGUCGCGAUAUUUGGGCUGACUUUGUGUUUUUCCUCGACGCCGAUGUCUUUCUCACUUCGCCAGACGCUCUGAAAGUCCUCACCCGUCUGCAACUGCCAAUUGUUGCCCCAAUGUUGAUAUCCGAAAGCUUGUACUCGAAUUUCUGGUGCGGAAUGACGGAGGAAUAUUACUACAGGCGCACCGAUGAGUACAAGGAAAUCUACCACGCGAGGAAGCAGGGAAGUUUCCCCGUGCCCAUGGUCCACACAGCCGUUCUGGUGAACAUGAAGCAUAAGGCAGCCAGGAAUCUCACUUUCGAUCGGAGCAAGCUGGUGGAAAUGCAGAGGAGCAGGCUGCAGGAGCCGCUCUACGACGGACCUGCGGAUGAUAUUAUAGUGUUUGCCAUAUCGGCCAACAGCUCGGGGAUUCCCCUGCAUGUCUGCAAUGAGAUAACCUUUGGUUAUAUACUACAACCCUUGGAACCAGGAGAUACUUUAGAUAACGAUCUUCAGCAGCUGGUGAAUCUAAAAGGCCUCAUGGUUAACGAUGUGGGUGCAGUGCCUCCCCUUCUCGACUACUAUAAGCACUUGGAAAAGAAGCCCGAGAAGAGCCAGCUCUCCUUGGAUCGCAUAUUUAUGAUAAAUCUGAAGAGACGCCCCGAGAGGCGGGCGAAAAUGGAGGAGCUCUUCAAGGAGCUGGGCAUAGAGGCAGAAUAUUUCCCAGCUGUUGAUGGCAAGGAACUGACCACGGAGCGGCUGCAGGAGAUGGGAGUGCGCUUUCUGCCCGGCUACGAGGAUCCCUACCAUCAUCGCGCGAUGACUAUGGGCGAGAUUGGAUGCUUCCUCAGCCACUACAGCAUUUGGGUGAUGAUGGUGCGCAAGCAGCUAAAGGAGGUGCUCAUUCUGGAGGACGAUAUACGCUUCGAACCGUAUUUCCGGCAAAACGCAGUCAGGGUUUUAAAUCAGGCUAGAAGCGUUGUGGACUACGACCUCAUUUACUUUGGUCGCAAGCGUUUGAAGGAGGAAAGUGAAGCGGGUGUGCUGAACGCGGAUAAUCUGGUGCAUGCCGGCUACUCCUACUGGACGUUGGGCUAUGUUCUGUCCCUCCAAGGAGCCCUAAAGCUGCUGGCAGCCAAGCCGCUGGACAAACUAAUUCCCGUAGAUGAGUUUCUGCCUUUGAUGUUCGAUCGUCAUCCCAACAAAACCUGGAGCGAAGCCUUCCCCAAGAGGAAUCUCGUCGCUUUCAGUGCCUCACCACUCCUGCUCUAUCCGGUUUACUAUACCGGAGAGUCUGGUUACAUUUCCGACACCGAGGACUCGCAGCAAAUCAAUGUGGAGACGAGUGAAGAGGGCGAGGCGCGGCUAAAAAGCGACCGGGAGCAGGUUUUCGUCCAGGAGCAGGAAGUCACUCUUGAUCAGCACAUUAAACUGGGCGAGAGUUUGCCCAAGAGCCACCAGGAGCUAUAA